AUGGAUUUUUCCACCACCAUUGCCAACACUCCACCACAACCACCACUAGCUCUGCGGCCACAGAUCCAUUACCACCGCCACCACUCCACCCCUCUUCUCCACUUCCAUCGCCACAACCGCCAUAACUCUACAACCACUGUCGCCACUACUCCACUACCACCAUCACCUAUCUUCCACUACCACUGUGACCACUCUACCACUGUCGCCACUCACUCUUUUCCAUCACCACCACCACCACUGUUACUGCCACCGCCGCCAUUUCGCCACCACCACCAUUACCUCUCAUCCACCAUCUUCAUACCACCACUGUUGCCACUACACUGCCACCACUACAAAUAUCAACUCUAUAGUACUUCCACCACCACCACCACCACCACCACUACCACAACCACUGCCACCAUUUCUCUUCCAUCACCACCGCCUUACUUCACCACUCUCAUCACCACUGUUGCCGUCGCCACUCAAUCUCCACCACCGCCUCUCCACUACCCCCACUACUCCACCUCCACCACCUCUUUUCCUUUACCAAUACUGACACUUCACUUCCACCAACCCAGUUAA